AUGGCGCAUCCAUGCACCGCCGCGGCCGGGCGCGGGCGGGCAGCGGCACCCCCAAGUCACCGGCACCGAGGUGCUGCCUGCGCGCCCGCCGCCGCCUGCGAGCGGCACUCCCCUCCCCGGCGCGGGCUGGCCGGCAGCCGGCAGCCUUCCCCCGGCUCCCCGAGCGAACGCCGGCCGCCUCACAGCCGCCGCGCCUCGGGGAGGCGGCCCAUGGCCCCUUCCCCGCCGGGAUCCACUAGUGCAGGAGCGCUUCAGGCCGAGAAAGCAGGAGGCGGCGCCGGAGCCGCGGGGCGCGGGCAGAGCAGCAGCAGCAGCUCCCCCAUUCCCGGCCGCUGCGCGCCGAGCGAGCAGCGGGAAUGCCGCGGCCGGCACGGGCAGCCCAGAGCAACGCCGGGCAACGGGGCGGCCGCCAGCGCCCCCGCGCGGCCAACGGCGGAGCCGCCCCCGACCCGAGGAGACCUCCCCGCCGGGCGGGAAGGAGGGAGAGUCCACCCGGGAUAUCCCCCGCCUCCGCCGGGAACAGAUAGAGAGGCUGCGAGAGACAAAGGGGGAGCGGGGCCGCCAGACUUUCCAGCCGCAUCAGAGGAGCGGGAGCGACUCAUCCUUGACUCCCGUGGAAUAAAGAAUGAAGCACAGUCCUUCUUCUCCAUUAUAAAAGCAUGUGAGCUGAAAAAAGACCCACAAGCAGCACUGAGAACGGUUGGACUAAGAAGAAGGGAUAAAGAAGCCUGCUUACAGACAUGCUGUAGCUCUAAUGACCUUUUCUGCAUUUUCAGCUCAAUAGAAACAAAUGCCAGACUGGACACAAGCCAUACAGACAUUUAACAGACAGUGGCCGGCAAUGCGGUGGCCAUUUGCUGGCACAUGACAAUAAAUGAGAACAUCUGAAAAAGUA